CCUUCGCUCGCCGCCGGGAGGGGAACACCGUCCCUGGAACAACAGAGCGCACAGCGCCGGAGCUUCGGGGCCUCUGAGCCGCCGACCGGUCCCCUCACGACGCUGCGGCACGUGGUGGCGCCUGCUGCCCGCCAGGGCCGGGAGGUGGACUACUACGCCAUGCUGAGCUGGCGGCCGCGGCCGCCAGGGCGCAGGCUGUGGAGCAUGGCCGCCCAGGGCAGCCCGAACCCGACCUUCGCCAACGCCACGCCCCGCGCCCUGCAGGACUACGUGCUCCGGCACGCGCGGCGCCUGGGCGCGCGCCGGGUCCAGGUGCACAUUGUGGACCCCGGUCCUGGGCUGGAUCCUCUGGAGCCCUCGUGGCGGCGCUACCUCGGGAGGGACACGAAGGCCCACCCGGCCUUCCUGAGCUACCUGCUGCGGUUGAGGAAGGUCGAGGCCCUGUGGAACGUCACCAGGGCCGCAGGGGAGUACAGUCACGUGGUCCUCGUGCGCGACGACACGCACUUUGUCGACGACGUGCGGCUGGCCGACUUCCCCGACCCGUCCGCCGUCUACUCGCAGCCCUUCGGCUUCCUCUGUAGCCGCAGGGAUCCCGUGGCCUCCGUCCCCGACAUGCCCAGCGACCACGUCCUCGUGCUCGGAGGGGAGGCGGCGGGGCGCCUGCUCGGCGUCUACGGCGAGUACUUCGGCAACCCCAGCCCCCUGCUGGACGAGGUCCUGAGCGUAGAGCACUUCUGGCUGGUGCUGGCGCGGCUGAAGGGCGUGCGGUGGGAGCUGGUGCCGCGAGCGCGGCUUCCGUACUUCCUCUCCUUCCACGCUGCGGCACGCGGCUCAGGGCGGCCCGUCUUCUGCCUGCGGGGGGUCAGCGCGGCCGCGCUGCACAGCCCCACCGACUCGUGCGUGCACCCGUCGCUGGUGCGCCACCCGUGCUGCGGGGACAUGUCGCAGUGAGGCGCAGAGUGGCGCAACACACAAGGGCUCCACCACCCGGAGGUCGGGCGCAGCCCGGCAGGCGUGCACCUCUGCCUGCCGCGGCAGCGUGAGCGGCCGAGGCGGCGCGCCGGGCCGGCGCGGCGGGG